UCCCCUACAUUCAUUUGUUCGCCGUUUUGUGUUUUUUGUUUGGACUCCAUUGAGUGUCAAUACCUGUGCGGUUCUAAAGAAAUUUGUGGGGGCUUUUGUAUCAGAAUAGUUUUUUCUGCAGAGAUGAGUUGGAGUUCGAGCAAGACGCAACAAAAAAAAUAACGACGGGAGACUUGAAGAUUCGGGAGUUGGAUAUUUUAGCUAUUCUUAUAUAAAAUAGAAGUAUAGACCAAAGAUUUGGCUAACUUUAGAUGAUUUGGUCAGACAUUGUAAUUGAAUUCCAUUUAGUUGGAGUUUCAUGCACAAUAAAUAGUUUUUCAAUUAUAUGUUAGUUAACUUUGAUUAUUAAUUGGUAUUUGAACUAAUUGUGUUGACAAUAAUGUUAAGAGUUU